AUGUCAGAACUAGAAAGUCCCCCGAAACCGAAGCCAGGUGGCGAUCAACGAUCGAGCAAGCCCCGCUUGAGCGAUGAAGAGAGAGCCGAACUCACCAAAAAGUUCCUCGCAAGUAUUCGUGUGCCCCAGCGGCCACCGCCAAACCUCGAUCCACUCCGUGCAAUUGCAGCGGAGUUGAAAACCUACGGCCUCCCUCCACGGCCUAAAGACGCCAAGCGUCUGACUGAAUGGGAGCAACAAAUGUCCAAACAAAAGAAUGCCACUUUCAUCAGUAAUCCAACAUUCAAGCCUCACCAACGGCGCCAAGGUUCCGUCAAAAAGGCAGUUAACUCCUUCAAAAAUAAAUCCGGCCCCUACAAAAAAGCCAAGCCCCUAAUAGGCCAAAUCAAAGACACCAACGAUGCAGAUGAAGUAGAUGAAUGGGAUACCGUCGAUUGGUCGGGCGCUGUAAUCUCCAAUAGCGAUUAUUUCUGGACCAUCAAAGCCAAGUGGACAGUACCCACACCAGAUCCUGGCCGUAGCGAUGAAGAUGCCUGGUGCGUUUCCGCAUGGGUUGGCAUUGACGGCUGGGAAGGUGACGACGGUUUCUCGGAAACUACAUGGUUUUCGGACGAUCUCCCAAUUCUUGCCGGCGGGACAUCUCACGAGGUAUACGAGGAUAAUGACGAUGGAAGCAUCGACCGUUAUAUAUAUGCCUGGUACCGUUGGUAUCCAUCCGACGAGAUUGAAAUUGACCUUACGGUGAACUCUGGCGAUGUCGUAUACUGCCACAUUUGGGCCACGGAUACCAGCACAGGUCACUUUUAUAUACACAACGAGUCGACGGAUGAAUAUUCAAGUUUCGAGUUCACGGCUCCGGACGGUUAUUCACUCCAAGGUGACUCGGCAGAGUGGAUUGUACAGGACUAUUGGGAGAAUAGCUUGGCAAGGUUUGGGUCGAUCGAAUUCACAGAUUGCUCAGCUGGCGAGGCGAGUUUUCUGCCUGGUGAUGACCCUAAACUUGAGGAUGAUACUGUUUGGGUGGACCUCAACGCAGCGAACAAUAUCGGUACUAUGGAAGAAGGUGAUGGUGCCUCUUGUACGUUGGAAAUUGACGGUGAUUCUGAUCUGAAGGUUAUACGUGAUGAUGACGGGGAGGAUUGA